GUGAGCUGGUAGCUGCAGAGAAGUGUCUUAGCAAUAGAUUUCAGCCUGACGGCGAGUUCUCCGCAACAUUUAUCCCUUCUGCAAAAAAAAAACCGAACUUUGCAACUGUCCACAAGCACACCGAUCCCUGCAGCAUAUGUAAAGAUAUCAGCCCCUGCAUCCUUCUGUAAAUUGAUCUUGGAGUAUCUCGCCCCCCAACCACCCAAAAAAGAGCAGGAGCAACAAUGAGGGAAAUUCUGCACAUCCAGGCUGGACAAUGCGGGAACCAGAUUGGAGCCAAGUUUUGGGAGGUGAUCAGUGAUGAACAUGGAAUUGACCCUUCUGGGAGUGCCCGUGGCGAUAGUGGCAUACAGCUGGACAGGAUCAAUGUCUACUACAAUGAAGCAGCUGGUGACAAGUAUGUUCCCCGUGCGAUUCUGGUAGAUUUGGAACCUGGUACUAUGGACUCCGUCCGAUCCGGGCCAUUUGGACAGAUAUUUAGACCAGAUAACUUUGUAUUUGGUCAAAGUGGUGCUGGAAACAAUUGGGCCAAGGGUCACUACACAGAGGGAGCUGAACUGGUUGAUGCAGUGCUUGAUGCGGUAAGGAAGGAGUCUGAGAGCUGUGACUGUUUACAGGGAUUCCAGCUCACUCACUCUCUGGGUGGUGGUACUGGCUCCGGGAUGGGCACCCUUCUCAUCAGCAAGAUACGGGAAGAAUACCCUGACCGUAUCAUGAACACAUUCAGCGUCAUGCCCUCGCCUAAAGUUUCAGACACUGUGGUGGAGCCAUACAAUGCAACCCUGUCCGUCCAUCAGCUGGUGGAGAACACAGACGAGACGUACUGCAUCGACAAUGAAGCCCUUUAUGAUAUCUGCUUCCGUACAAUGAAGCUAACCACUCCCACUUAUGGAGACCUCAAUCACUUGGUCUCUGCCACCAUGAGUGGGGUCACCACCUGCCUCCGCUUUCCUGGACAACUUAAUGCUGACCUUCGCAAGCUAGCUGUAAACAUGGUGCCCUUCCCUCGGCUCCACUUCUUCAUGCCAGGCUUUGCCCCGCUUACCAGCCGUGGCAGCCAAAAUUACAGAGCACUCACAGUGCCGGAGCUGACUCAGCAAAUGUUUGAUGCUAAAAACAUGAUGGCAGCCUGUGACCCACGACAUGGACGCUACUUGACCGUUGCUGCCAUAUUCCGAGGCCGGAUGUCCAUGAAAGAAGUAGAUGAGCAGAUGCUGAACGUCCAGAACAAGAACAGCAGCUACUUUGUGGAGUGGAUUCCCAACAAUGUUAAGACAGCUGUCUGUGAUAUUCCACCCCGUGGCCUCAAAAUGUCCUCCACUUUCAUUGGCAAUAGUACCGCCAUCCAGGAGUUAUUCAAGCGAAUUUCUGAUCAGUUCACCGCCAUGUUCCGCAGGAAGGCCUUCUUGCACUGGUACACUGGCGAGGGAAUGGAUGAGAUGGAGUUCACUGAAGCUGAGAGCAACAUGAAUGACCUGGUAUCAGAGUACCAGCAGUACCAGGAUGCCACUGCAGAUGAACAGGAAGAGUUCGAAGAGGAAGAGGGAGAUAAUGAUGAAGCAUAGUCGUCACGGAAUCUUCAAGAAGCUGCAACAGUAGAUUGCAAAGAAAGUCAUGUUUGAGUUGAACUAUUGAAUUCUGCCUAAUUUUCCAGCCUUUUAAUUAAGAAGAUGCUGUGACGCUAACAGCAUUAUUAAAAUGGAAUUCCUGUUGAAGGUUUGUGUGUGUGUGUGUGAUUUAACAUCGUCUGUAGUUUUAAAGCAGCAGUGCCCCCACCCCCCCCAAAUAUGUUAAAAUAUGAAAUCAAACUUUAUGAACAGGCCUGAAAAGCAAGAACAUUGUGCAACUGGCUGAAACAAUUUUGGAGUAGUUUGUUUCAGUUUGUAAUUUGUUUUCCAAUAUCGGAUACAUAUGCUUUUAAAUAGACAAAGGAUACUUUCUAAGUUCUAGUGCUGACAUGCAGCCUUUUAAACUCCUUUCGGGCAAUAAUCUCCCAAAAUGGGAAGAAAGUUGGCAAACUGGAACAGCUGGAAAAGAAGGUCAGGGUGAGAUUUGCCCUUCAUUUAUUACGUAGAAGCAUUAUGAUCCCUUUUUGCUUGCAGACUUUUUUUUUUGAUGCAGUUUUUUUUCUCUUCAGCUGAGAUACGGUAAGAAUACUUCUUAAAACUGGAUUUAAAAUUAAUAAUCUGGGGCACUACAGCUUUAGAUGUAGUCGGAGUUGUUUAAUAAAGGAACUACUGUAUUUAAUGACUGUAACCUUCCCUAGAAGUGUAGUAUAAAGCACUGUUCAGUAUUGAGUAUUGAGAUCUGAUGGUGUUAUGUUAAUUGAGCUGCAGAGAAUCGACCCAUGAAGGGCGAGUUCCACUUCCAUGAACUGCCAAAGAGCCCUCAACAGGUUCACCCAGUUCUUUCCCGAUCGGCGGUCGUUCUCUUUAUUGCAUGCCAACCUAAAUUUGUCUUUCUGCGAUGUUUGUACUGUGGAAAUCAAACCAUUCUAAUAAAUCAAUACAAAUUC